AAAUCGGCCCUGCAGAGCCUCCCCCAGCCGAUGUCUCCCUCCGAUUUCCUGGACAAGCUGAUGGGCCGGACGUCGGGCUACGAUGCUCGCAUCAGGCCCAACUUCAAAGGCCCACCCGUCAAUGUGACAUGCAACAUCUUCAUCAACAGCUUUGGUUCAGUCACAGAAACGACCAUGGAUUAUCGUGUCAAUGUCUUUCUGCGGCAGCACUGGAAUGACCCUCGCCUGACUUAUUGGGAAUACCCCGAUGACUCUCUAGAUUUGGACCCCUCCAUGCUGGACUCCAUCUGGAAGCCAGAUCUGUUCUUUGCCAACGAGAAGGGAGCCAGCUUCCAUGGGGUCACUACAGACAACAAGCUUCUACGCAUUUUCAAAAAUGGGGGUGUGCUAUAUAGCAUUAGGCUGACUCUUAUCCUCUCCUGCCCUAUGGAUCUCAAGAACUUCCCUAUGGACAUUCAGACAUGCACCAUGCAACUGGAGAGCUUCGGUUACACCAUGAAUGACCUGACCUUCGAGUGGGAGACGGAGCAGGAGGCCGUGCAGGUGGCUGAAGGCCUGACACUGCCUCAGUUUAUCCUGCGGGAUGAGAAAGAUCUGGGCUAUUGCACCAAGUCCUACAACACAGGGCAGUUCACCUGCAUCGAAGUGAAGUUCCACCUGGAGAGGCAGAUGGGCUACUAUCUGAUCCAGAUGUACAUCCCCAGCCUGCUGAUUGUCAUCCUUUCUUGGGUCUCCUUUUGGAUCAACAUGGAUGCUGCACCAGCCCGGGUGGGGCUCGGCAUUACCACUGUGCUGACAAUGACCACCCAGAGUGCAGGGUCUCGGGCAUCCUUGCCUAAGGUCUCCUACGUCAAAGCCAUUGAUAUAUGGAUGGCCGUUUGCCUGCUCUUCGUCUUUGCCGCCCUGCUGGAGUAUGCAGCGGUCAACUUUGUCUCCCGCCAGCAUAAGGAGCUCCUGCGUCUGCGGAGGAGCCAACGGCGACAGAGGAUGGAAGAAGAGGUGGUCUGUGAGAGCCGCUUCUACUUCCAGGGCUACGGACUUGGCCAUUGUCUGCAGCACAUGAAAAGUGGGGCAGCCAUGGACAGCCCUAUCUACGGUCUGCCCCCUCCGGCCCCUCUCCUGCGAGAAGGAGAAAUGCUCCGGAGACGCUACGUGGAUCGGGCCAAGAGGAUCGACACCGUUUCCCGAGCCGUCUUCCCCUUCACUUUCCUGGUGUUCAACAUUUUCUACUGGGUGGUCUAUAAAGUGCUCCACCAAGCAGCCCCUUGA